UAAACUCCCUCAAAAACACAUUAAUUCCCAAAUGGUUGAUUCUACUAGCUCUUCCUCCAGGAAAACUGUCAACGACAGAACAUUAACGGGAGCAGGCAACCUCAUCAAGGUCCUCCCGACCGGCACCGUCUUCUUGUUCCAGUUCCUCAACCCUGUCUUGACCAACAAUGGCCACUGCGCCGUCCUCAACAAAUCCCUAAGCGCCAUUCUCAUCGCCAUUUCCGGCUUCUCUUGCUUUUUUGCUUCCUUCACUGACAGUUACUCUGGCAGUGAUGGAAAAACCCACUAUGGGGUUGCAACAACUAAGGGUCUUUGGCCCUCAACAAAUUCCAACUCUGUGGACUUGUCUGCUUAUAAGCUUAGGUUUGGGGACUUCGUGCAUGCCUUCUUUUCCUUGAUUGUGUUUGCAGUUGUAUCACUUUUGGACACCAACAGUGUCAGGUGCUUCUAUCCAGGGUUUGAGUCCAGUGAGAAGGUUCUGCUGCAGGCGUUGCCUCCUGUCAUCGGUGCAGUUGCCAGUGCUGUUUUCGUUGUGUUCCUUAAUAGUCGCCAUGGAAUCGGAUACCCCUCCUCAAGUUCUGAUUCUUCACAAGACUCAGAGAAAUCCUGAAGGAAUUGAAGUAUCUGUGCUUCUUUGUUUAACAAGUAGUCCUAAAUAUGACACCAGUGCUUGCUCACGCAAGUUUAUGCUUUUCAUUGUUUGUUUAGUAGUUUG